AUGGCCGGCGAAAAGAAGAAGCAACAGCCUUUCUGGCUUGGUGGAGCCGCUGCUUCCAUGGCAGCAACAUGCACACAUCCUUUGGAUCAAACGAAAUAUCGCAUGCAGGUCAUGCACCAACCGAAAAAUAUUCUGCGGACAUUGGUACACUUUGCCGGACGUGACGGUAUCCCUUCGCUCUGGACUGGUUUGACCGGAUCAUGGCUUAGACAAUGUUCUUACUCGACUGCUCGUUUUGGUCUUUACAACUACUUUGCCAAGGAGGUCAAGGCAAGAACCGGAACAACAAAACUGACCGCUGGCUGGGAAGUCGUAUGCUCUGGUGUGGCUGGUGGAGCAGCAGGUCUUAUCGGUAACCCUACUGAAGUUGUGCUCGUCAGAAUGUGUGCAGAUGGUGCCAAAACUGCCGCUGAGAGAUACAACUAUGGCAACUCUAUUCGUGCUUUGUACAGAAUCGCAAAGGAGGAGGGCAUGUCGACUUUCAGCAGAGGUUUAACACCCAACAUUGUCCGCAGUGUCAUCAUGAACAUCUCUCAAAUCGCUACCUACUCCACCGCAAAGGACUACCUCCUCUCCAACCCAAAUCUCGGCCUCAAGGACGGCAUCUUCCUCCACUUCCUCGCCUCAUUACUCGCCGGAACCGUGGCAACCACCGCCUGCGCACCCGCCGACGUCCUGAAAAGCCGCGUCCAAAGCGCUCCCACCAUCAACGGCGUAAAACCCAGUCUCAGCAAAAUCUUCGCCGAAUCUUACAAGAAGGAAGGUAUCAGUUUCCUCAUGAGAGGCUGGUCGCCAGCAUGGCUUAGACUUGCACCUAACACUGUUCUGAUGUUCGUGUUCAUGGAGCAAUUGCAACGUCUGGUGGGUGUUAGCACCAAUCAGCCCAAGCCUGUUCAGGAGAAGAAGGCCUCGGAAGCCAUGAAGGCUUAG